GGAUCGCCGACUUUCUUGAAGCAGCGAUACGGCACGGGCUACCACAUGAAAAUCAACAAGCUUCCCAGGUGCAACGUGCCAGCGAUCGAGGAUCUGUUGCGCAAGUACGCUCCCAAGGCUAAGCUGCAGACCAACUCGGACAACGAGGCUGUCUUCAUCCUGGGGCAGAUCAUCGCGACGCGGAAGAUCGUCAGCAUGUUCAAGGGCCUCGAGAACCGCAGCGCCGAGCUCGGCAUCGCCUCUGUGGGGCUGACGGUGACCUCCCUGGAGGACGUGUUGGUGCGGGUGGGCGAAGAGCAGAACAUCCACCGCAAGGCCCAUAAUGUAGGGCCCGCAGCGAGCGAGGAGCCUUCCCUCGUCGAUGCCAAGCUGUCCGUCAUCCGGAUGAUGGCCAGCGCCUCGGCCACGGAGCCCUCGCCCUUCGCGUGCGUCUGGGCCGUGCUUCACAAGCGAGCCACGUACAUGUGGCGAGAGAAGAAGAUGCCCCUGUUCAGCUGGAUGCUGCCGCCCCUCCUCCUCCUGCUGCUCUUCUUCCUCGAGGACGUGGGCCUGCGCGGCAGCGGCUACGACGUCGAGCACGAAGGCGGACGCGUCGCGUACACCUUCCCCGAAGUGGUCGGAACCGGCCAGGGUUUCUACGCUUUGGAGACGGAGAAGUCGUUCACCGACAAGUGGCUGCGCCCGUUGACCAGCGACACGGGCGAGUACUUCAUGGAGGAAGUGGACCCGUCCACCGACAUCGCGACAGGUCUCCUCGACAUUGCGAAGGAAACGCUGCGCAAAUACGUAUUCAACAUCCACUUCGGCGUGCAGGCGACCAAGAAAACAGGGAAUGUGCUCUGGUACAACGGUCAAAUCCAGCACACGGCGCCCCUGGUGGUGACGCUUUACAACACGGCGCGUCUCCGCAACGUCACCAACGACGCCGCGGCCGACUUCACCUUCGAGUUGACGGCGCGGGGCUCCGAGGAGCUCCACGCCGCAGCGGGAAGCGGAUCCGGCGUCCUCGAGGAGGACAUCCGCAGCCAGAACACCUACCGCACCAUCCUGCCCAAGGUGCUGCGUUCCAUCUUCUUCCCGCUCGUCACCAGCCUCAUGUGCAGCAACUUCGUCAUCUUCCCGACCGCCGAGAGGGCACUCAAGGUGAAGCACCUGCACAUGAUCGCCGGCAUGGGCCCCGUGCUCUACUGGCUCACAAACUUCGCCUUCGACUUCAUGUUCUACAUGGGCACGGCGUUGAUCGUGCUGCUUCCGCUGCCGCUCGUCCCUCACACGCCGCUGACCUCCGAAGACUUCCAGCUGAUCUUCGUGCUCAAUCUGCUUCACGGCUACGCUGCUCUCCCGGCAAUCUACAUCUGCUCCUUCCUGUUCGACAGCCCGAUCAUAGCAUACUCGGCUCUCGUCAUCAUCACGUUCAUCAUCUCCUCGGGAGGUUCUUUGGCCGCGGUGUUCAUGGAGCACUACGGCGAGGAUCUGCACAACGCUGUGCUGACCACGAUCAUCGAGGUGACGCUACAGGUGCUGAGGCUGCUGCCUUCACAGUCCUACUCUCGCGGCAUGACCAAGAUCCUCCAGCUGGCCAGAGAGAACGCGCUGUGCCGCAGGGGAGGACUGCAGCUCGAAAGCCGCUGUCACACCAAGCAGGCACAAGGCCGACUGUCCCUGCUGCAGUGCUGCUUGCACCAGUGGGGGUAUUCUUACGAGUCACUGAUUCGCAGCAGCUGUACGAGCGAGGAGGUGACUGCCUGGAGCACCUGUCUCCUCCUUACUCGAGUGGCCGCAUCCAAUCAGCAGAGGCCGAAAUGGACGGUCCACUAG